GUUCGACUAUCGCGUCGAACAAAAAGGGCGGCCCACCCCCUACCGCCACCGCCACCGCCACCGCCACCGCCACGUUUGAUUCCCUUUAUUCCCGGGAAACAUACUUGGGAACAACCAAACAUGGUGGUGGCACGAUCUAUUUGGGGGGCUAAAUCGAAGUUCGCAUUUGCCGCCACCGCCUUGAGCGCCGGAACUGGUGCCGUGGCCAUUGCUAAAUCCGAUGAUCCUGCCACUUCCCUCAAGGUUUGUACCACUGUCCCCGUCCGCCUCUUUCGCCUCUCCCUCACUGCUGCCACCAUUGCUUUCGAUUAUGAGUAUUCACUAUUGGGACUGCCAGAAGAUAGCAUUGAGAGGACAAGAGUUAAGCGUGAAGUCCACACCAGGAGUGCACGUAGAAUUGAACAACUCUGUUUCAAAAAUGGUGGAAUAUAUAUCAAGCUUGGUCAAUAUAUAGGCCAACUGGAAUAUUUGGUACCUCAAGAGUACAUUAAUACAUUGAGGGAGUCGAUGUUGAAUAGAUGUCCAACUUCUUCCUACGAUCAAGUGUGCCAAGUUGUCAAGAACGAGCUUGGUGGGGCACCUGAAGAAAUAUUUGAUGAGUUUGAUCCUGUCCCUAUUGCGAGUGCUUCCCUUGCUCAAGUUCAUGUUGCUCGCACUCAUCAGGGAGAAAAAGUUGCUGUGAAGGUACAACAUAUGCACAUGACAGAUACCGCAGAUGCAGAUUAUGCAACAGUGGAAUUGAUUGUGAACACUUUGCAUUGGCUCUUCCCUUCAUUUGAUUACAGGUGGUUGGUGGAUGAAGUACGUGACAGUCUUCCUAAGGAACUAGAUUUCUUAAUUGAGGCCAAGAACAGCAUAAAAUGUAUGGAUAACUUUCGAAGGUUAUCUCCUCAUAUUGCAGACUAUGUUUAUGCCCCUGCGGUAUAUUGGAACCUAAGUACCACAAAAGUGUUGACCAUGGAGUUCGUGGACGGUGCACAAGUGAAUGAUUUGAAGUGUAUCCAAGAACUUGGAAUCGCACCACAUGACAUUGCAAGGCUAGUCAGUAAAACAUUCGCUGAAAUGAUGUUCAAACAUGGAUUUGUGCACUGUGAUCCACAUGCUGCUAACUUGCUAGUUCGUACAAUGCCUUCUCAGAGACGUGGCAUUCUUGGGAGAAAAAAACCACAAUUGGUACUGCUGGACCAUGGUCUGUACAAAGAACUCGACAUUUCUACCAGGACCAACUAUGCUGCUCUCUGGAAGGCUUUGGUACUGGCUGAUGCCAAUGCAAUAAAGGAAAAUUGUAUGAAAUUGGGCGCUGGAGAGGAUCUGUACGCACUCUUUGCAGGGAUUCUUACUAUGAGGCCUUGGAAUAGGGUUAUUGAUCCUGCUGUUGAUCAUCUGGCUAUACAAGGCAAUACCAGUGAUCAGUCAGAACUUCAGAUGUAUGCUUCCCUCUAUUUUCCUCAAAUCACAGAGCUUCUGCAUAAACUGCCUCGUGUCAUCCUUUUAAUGUUGAAGACGAAUGAUUGCUUGCGUGCAGUAAAUAACGCACUGGUACAAAGAUCUUCUGUAGAGUCUUUCAUUAUCAUUGGAAGAGUUUCUUCUGAGGCACUUAUUGAUGAGAAGUUAUCACAUGCCAAAUCCCUCUUUAGCUUAUUACGUAUCUGGUUGGAGGAGAUUUCGCUAGAAGUCCGGUUUGGCAUAAUGCAAGUAGCCUUGUGGAUACUGCAGUUUCGUGGUGCUUUCACACUCUUGACAGGGAAGCACAAUACUAAAUCAUUAGCAUAUAUUUAGAUAUACAUAUAGAAGAUAUAAAUCACACCCAAGGAAAUCAUUUGGUGUUCAAUACUUCAAUUUUUAACUCGUUUUAGGGUAUUCUUUGGCUUUGAACCCCUUGUUCCUAGUCCAUACUACUUUGAGAUAUCCAAUAAGUUAGGCAACUGUAUUGACACAUAUACAUCUAUGUUAUUGAUAUAUUCCAUACUUUUUUUAUUGCCUCGUAUCUACUGGUCUUGCUUCUUACUUUUCCGCUCACCCUUUUUGCACAAGCUGAGAGUUUUCGCAGAAACAAUUGUUUUAUGUUUUGCGGUGAAGGACAUGUUUGUGUACUCCUCACCUUUGAGACCUCACUUUUGAGUGGGAUACAUUGUGUUAGUUUGAUUUAGAAUAUAAAUUUUGAAAUGUCAAUAUAUCUAUAGAGACACAUAUGGCCAAUGUCUGUAACUAAUAUAUUCUUGGGUUGAGAUUAUGAAGCAUUAACAUGUUUUCGAUGUUGUAUUACUGACUUGAUGAUCCCUAAGACUACCGGUCCUUAAACCAUGUAGGUCGUGGUUCGAGUGCAUGAAAAAAACUAGUUCCUUUGCCAAUUCCAACGAGUCUUGGUCAUGGGUGGUCUCGAGCCUUUCGUUCAGAAGUCCAUGAAGUCCUGUUUUGUUCUUCUCUUGUUGUCAUCAUCUUUGUAGUAUUUCACCCUUCUUGAUGCAAAUAGCUCAAAAGGUUGCCAACUGCUCCAAAAACAUAACGAAAGCUACUAUAAAUCUAUAUCUAUAAUGUAUGAUAAAGCAUUUAAACAGAAUUCUUAGAAACAGAUUAUGAUGUCUUAAAGUAAUGCCUUUUAGUUAAUACUAGUUGCUACAUCUUUGCAAAAAUAGCUGUCCCAAUUCAGCUAUAUCCUUCACCCCUAAGUAGUGUAAUAACUUUUUUUCUUUUUCACUUUGUAGAGUCAUCAAUACAAUAACACCCCACCUCCAAAUUCCUAUUCAAAUGCUUGAACCACCAUAAUAAAUCACUACACAAGUUGAACAUACAUACAAGCAUUAUUGCUAUGGACCAUAAAGAGUUAAAAUCCCAACCAACUUCAUCAAAAGUCUGUAAAUUUUGUAUAAAUAGACAAUAAUAUAAAACCAACUUCAUUAAGCCCCCAA